AUGCCUGCGUGCAUGCGAUGGCGGGGAAAUAUCAAGGAAACGAUCGCAAAAGGAUGGUGGAAUCUAAAUACGGAACGUACGGACAAGGACGUGGCUUCAGACUCGGGCGAACAACGGCCAAGAACACCGGACGAGGAGACAAAACUACCAAAACUGCCAGUGCCUUUGUUGGAACGUACUACGAAACUAUAUCUGGAAACGCUGAAACCAAUAUUAAAUGAAAAACAAUACGAACAUGCUAGAAAGCUGGUGGCAGACUUCACGAGUGGACCUGGUCCAAUGUUACAGGAAAUAUUACUCGAACGCAGAGAAGAACAUGACAAUUGGGUGUAUGAUUGGUGGCUUCACGAUAUGUAUCUGUGUAACCAAUCUUCGUUGCCAGUUAAUUCCAAUCCCGGAAUGGUAUUUCCACCAUUACCAAAUCUAUCGGCAGAGACGCAGAUGGCCAAAUUUUCAGCUAGAUUUGUAGUUGAAAUGAUGAAUUUCAAACGUAUAUUGGACAAACGAGAACUGCCUGUAGAAAAAGCUGCAUCCAGAGAAAAAGGACAACCGUUAUGCAUGGCACAGUAUUAUAGACUAAUGAAAUCAUAUAGGGAACCAGGAUUAGUUAAGGAUCGACUCGUUGACUUCGAAUCAGAUUUGACAUUAUCAAGACCUCACAUUAUAGUUGCUUGCAAGUCACAGUUCUACGUGUUGCGAUUAACUUCGGGCGAAGACGCAACUCCCAUAACUGAAGAAGAAAUUGUGACAAAACUACUGAACAUUAUAAUGGACGCUAAAAAAACCGCUGGCACUGCGGGUGCAUAUUCGGUGGGCAUUUUAACAUCGCAAAAGAGAGACGACUGGGCGCAUAGCAGGGAGUUGUUGAUGAAAAGUGCUUCAAAUCGCAAUAAUUUGGCAUUAAUCGAGCGUUGUUUAUUUGUCAUCAAUUACGAUUUGGAACCACUUGGUCUGGAAUUUAAUUCCACGUGUAAAGUAGGUGCAAAAGGCUAUAGACUAUCGAAUGACAGAGACGAGACAAACAUGAUGCAUCAAAUGAUCCACGGUGGAGGUAGUGAGUACUGUUCUGGCAACCGCUGGUUUGACAAGACUAUACAAUUGGUCAUUGGAAGAGACGGUGCAAAUGGAUUAUGUUACGAACAUUCACCAUCUGAAGGAAUUGCAGUUAUUGAAUUAAUGGAAAAAUUGAUUAAAAGUACCAAAGACUUGAACGAACAAUCAAUAGAUAUAAUGACAUCAACAGAAAAACCAGAAAAACUCAUAUGGAGUGUUAAUAAUGAACUCAUAAAACACAUAGCUGAUGCUUCUACUGUUUUGGACAAGCUGCACGGUAAACUGGUGGCUACGUAUGAGAGCGCCUCCACCAGACGUUUCCGAUUGGGUAGAGUGGAUUGUAUACGGGCGGCGACUGUGGAAGCACUGGAAUGGGCUAAGGCAAUGAAUCAGUCUGCCGUCACCGAAACUGGCAUAUUAGGCACAAAGAAGAUAUACUAUACAGUGACUGAUAACGAAAAACUUCAACUUUUCGAAACUGCAGUAAAAAAACAAACUGACAUCAUGAUAGACAAUAUUCUCGGUAUGGGGAUAGACUCUCACUUAUUGGGAUUAAGACAAGCAGCAAGAGAAAAUGCCAUAUCGUGUCCAGUAUUCGAAGACGAUUCAUUUAGAAUUGCCAAUCAUUUUUCAUUAUCAACAAGUCAACUAUUAACUUCCACGGACAGUUUCAUGGGCUAUGGACCAGUUGUGCCGGACGGCUAUGGCGUUUCCUAUAAUCCCCAAAGCAAUUCUUUGGUAUUCUGUGUAUCUUCGUUCAAAUCAUCUAAAACCACAAACAACAAUGCUUUUACUGUGGCUCUAGAACAAAGUUUGAUGACAAUGCAGAAAAUGAUAUACAUGAAAAGAAAUUAA